ACUAAGCAGUCAGUGUGUCAUUCAGUCACAAGAAACCUCAAGAGCUGCAGCUUGAUGAGAUGGACCUAAGGAAGAUGUUGGGUUUUAUAUUGCUGUUUGUCAUCAUACAAGAAUGCACCUCCAGGCCUACUGACAUGGUGGAUACUACUGACCUUGAAUUAGAAGACCCUGAGCUAGUAAGAUCUCAAGCCCUCAAAAGACUGUUGGAAGUGUUUGGUAUUGAGGAACCACCACAGCCUCUUCAGCAUGUCAAGCAGCCACCUCAGUAUAUGGUGGACCUUUACAACACAGUAGCUGAUGAAGAUGGUGUAACCAAGGACCCAGACCUUCUAGAAGGAAAUACUGUCAGGAGUUUUUUUGAUAAAAUUCACAGUGACCAUAUGCAUUUCUUGUUUAACCUCUCGACUGUGGCCAGAAACGAGAAGAUUCUAACAGCGGAACUUCAUCUUUUUAAACUAAAACCAAGGCCUUCUGAGCAAGCUUACUUUAAAAGGCACCACUUCUGCCAGAUUAGUGUCUAUCUGGUCCUAGAUAAAAAUAAAGUACAGUUGCCACAAGGAAGAAAACUGCUAUCAUCGAAACUUGUACCAAUUCAUUCUUCAGGAUGGGAAGUGUUUUCUAUAACCCAGGCUGUCCGAGUUUGGAACGAUGAAAGUGCUAAUCAUGGCAUUCUUGUAACUGUCCGAAAUUUGGGAGGAGCACAAGUUGAUCCAAACAUCAUCCGUUUUGCAUCUGGCAGAGAUCACCAUGAAAGCAAACAGCCCAUGCUGGUUCUAUUCACUGAUGAUGGAAGGAGAGGAAUUGUCUCAGUAAACAAUCAGCCUGAUGGCCAAUUAGUACCCUUACCAAAUGGUCCUAUUGCACAAACUCCAAACAGAACAAGGAGUAUUAGAUCUGUAGAAGAAGAUGGACAACUGCCAUGCCAGAGACAUCCACUCUAUGUAGACUUUGAAGAAAUUGGCUGGUCUGGAUGGAUUAUCUCUCCUAGAGGGUAUAAUGCUUACCACUGUAAAGGAUCCUGCCCAUUUCCUUUGGGUCAGAACAUGAGGCCUACAAACCAUGCCACGGUGCAGUCUAUCAUUAAUGCCCUCAAACUAACAAAAGGUGUUAGUAGCCUGUGCUGUGUUCCUGACAAACUCUUCUCCAUAAAUCUACUCUACUUUGAUGACGAUGAAAAUGUUGUUUUGAAACAGUAUGAUGAUAUGGUCGCUGGCAGCUGCGGGUGCCACUAAAAACAUUUUGGACAAACACCGACAAAUGGUGGCGCUGUCUAAGGUAAAACCUAGGGUAACCAAUAGAAGACAGACCCCAUGUUUGGUGAAACUCUGAUAAGCACUGUAUUUCCAGUUGUUCUGCAACUGGGAGUUUCUGAGAACAUGACUAGUACUGUAUGUUUUAUAGAUCAAAAAUACCAGUCAUUUAGUUUUUAUAAUAUGAUUAAAAGUCUAUAAAAUACUGUACCUAUAACUUGUAAAUACUGAAAGAUAGUGUUAUAUUGUUUCAGUCAGUAUCUGGAGAAAACACUGAUAUUGAACUGCAACAAUAAAAUACAACUUAGUAUCUCAUAUAUAUACUGUCUGAAAAAGAAUCAUAAGAAUUGGACUAUCCACAUCCUUGUGCAUAGAUUACUGUUAGCAACUACAGAAAGUAUCAAUUAUAGCCACCGUGUGGCCUCUGUGAGUUAUAAUGCAGUACACUACAACUCUGGCAUGUAACAACUGUUCAAAAUGUUUUCCUAAACAUAAAUGUUAUAUGUUAGGCAGCUUGUGCUGUGGCAUACUGGCUGUUAUCUGGUUCUUAGUCCCUGACCUAGUGGGAUGUAUAGAAAUUACACAGCAUGUAAGUUAAUUGCAGUACCUCGUACCCAGCAAAACUAGAAUUGAAUAUCUCUGCCUGGAACAGUGUUUGCUAGCUUUUAACUUUUGUCCUCACCAAAUUGCUACAGCAUUAUCUGUUUGCCCUUUUGAUAUUCUUUUAUUACACAAAAAUACAUUAAAGGGUGGUUACCAUUUAAUGAUGUCUGUGCUCAUGCAGCUUUAAACAAAACUUGCCUGUGCUGCGUUAUUAUUCUUUGUAAUAUUUGUAUAUAAGUAAAUUGUUAAUAUAUAAUGCUUGUAUUGUAAAUCUGUAAACUUAACGUGUGAGGUUCCUUUUUCUUCUAUAAAUAUACAUAUUAAAAUAUAUGCAUUAAAAUAUAAUUUCUAUGCAAGAAGCUUGGAAAAAAUAAAAAAUUAAAAAAUA